UUCCUUUAAAGUGUCAGGAGGAGAAGAAAGGGGGCACAAGGCGCACAGGGACUCCCCUCUUCUUCGUGGACGGGGCAGCUGUCGGGCAGCAUGUCUGCAGGAAGUGGCCUGGUUUCUGUGGAUUUUGAAAUCUUCGGACACGUUCAGGAUCGGUGUGGAUCUGAAGGAGGUUCAGGCAGUUUCUAACUGCUCCUCUUUGUUUUCCAGGUGUUUGCUUCAGGAUGGUGAGUCUCCUGAUUUCAGCUGCACAAGCUUUGAAAAAACAUGUUUUCUUGUCAGUAUACAAACAAGUACACAGAGAAGGAGGGUCUGCGGCUCGGUCUGGUCGGGUGGGUGAAGAACACCUACAGCGGGACGGUGGUGGGUCAGGUGCAGGGUCCGGCUGAGGAGGUGGAGGAGAUGAAGGUGUGGCUGAGUAAAGAAGGAAGUCCCAGCAGUCGGAUCACUAAAGCCUCCUUCAGCAACCAGAGAUCCAUCGACAAGUUGGAGCUCUCCGGCUUCUCGACCCGCUUCUGACCGGCUGAUCAAACAACCCGAGGAGUUCUCAUCAAAUUUAGAGUUUCAUGAGUUGUAGUCACUGAUUAAGCAUUUGUCUUCUGUUUUAUUUUCAGAUGAAAAGUAGCUGUUUUAUGUCUAAAAAUGUUGAAUUAAAUACUAAACCCUCCUUUUAUAAAUGAAACCUUGACUGAAGCAAAUUACAUAAAAUUUGAAUUUCAUGAUAAUGCAGAAAACCCUGAAAAAUGUUGCAUGAAAUGAAUGAAUGUUUGUGAAAAGUCUAAAAAAAAAUCAAAUACAAGUCCUUCAAAGUGCUGAUUCCAUAUCUUCUGUGGGUUUGAGCAGCGACUCGUGCUGCAGCUGAAAGUCACAAACACACAAUCAUCAAAGGUCUUAUGCAACAGCGAGUCACCUGAUCCAACAACCUGCUAUCUGAUCCAAUUAAAUGAGAGCAAGAAAAUCCCUGAUCAGCUGCUAAAUCCUGACACUGCAGGAGCACAACCUUCACCGCAGUGACUCGGAGAUGAGGCUGCAAACUGUCUGCACUCGUGAGCCUGAACUCUGAGCAGAGGAGACGAGGAGAAACAGGAAACAUGGAAACCAGAUUGAUCUUCUGAGAGUCUAUUUUGGUUUAGGAAGGGCUUUGUUUAAGCCAGAAACAUGCCGAAGAUGAAUGUGCGUUGGAGUUUGGAGACCAGCUCUGCCUGCAAACGCUGCUGGGGGUGGAGGCUCUGUCGUCAUGCCAACCCUCCCGGAGACAUUACUCACACAGAGACGCACAAUAACGACAGCAGUGGUGGAGGCGUUGGAUGCUGCAGCGCUGUGUUUGAGGAGGAUCUUAUGUUCUGCGAUACACAAACCCAUUUCCAGCAGAUUUGAGUGUCUUAAUGGAAGCCGAGCUUGUGGGAAAGUGUCAGAAAAUGCUGAACUUGAUGUGGAAGAAUAGUUUAAGUCUGCUUUUAUUGGUAAUCUGGAGGAAAAACAACCUUAAAUUCUGGCCAAAAAAAGUUUUUGUCUUCUUUGUAACAAGCUCUUUCAAACCAGCACUUGAUGCAGCUGAGUGAAUGCUGAGUGACUGCUCCAUUCAGGAAAUGUAAAUUCUUAUUUUGAUGCAGAAAGAUGGUCUCCAUGAAGGUGAUAGGUCCUAAAAAGCACACAGUUAAAUUCCUCUGUGUGGCUGAUAAAUAUGUGCAGCCAUUUUUCAUUUUGAUGUCCCACAAAAAGUCAAAAUUUCCCAUGAUCCUCUGCUAAAGACACCACACCCCCAAUAAAAACACACAUAUUAGGCUUUGAA